GGCAAGGAAACAUGGCGAUGGGGUGCGCUUGCUCGGAACUGUCGCGAGUCGCGGCCGUUGAGGGUUGAUCCGAGUUUGACGAAGGGAAAAAAACACGUGCUAUAAUUAAUCGCGAAUCGUUAAUCGCCGACACGAUAUACCUGUGUAACAAAUUAGGUCUAUUUAGCUACACUGUACGCGAAACUUUUUGCAAUUCUUCCAUUUCUCUCUUGCUUUAUUCUCUACUUAUCAUGAAAUAAAGUGCACUUAUACUCAUCUUGAAAUAAAGUGCACAAUAAUUAAUUAAGCAUACAAUAUACAAGACUAUUUUCUUAGACUAUAAAAACGCCGCGAACUAAUCAGCAAAUUAAGAGAACGAUACGAUAACAUAAACAUUCUAUAAAUUAAGAACAACACAUGCUUUUAGAUUCAUCCUUUCCGUUAUAUUAUCGUAUUUGCAAUAAAAUUUACGUUAGAUAAGGAGAAGGAGGGCGAGAAUCUGAAAAAGAAGUGCAGAAAGUGCAGGUGGAGAGAACAGGCUUGAAUGGCGGCGAAUACACUUCGAUUAUCUCGAUGAUCGUAUCGAUCGAUCGGAAGUGAAUCGCGUCGCGUUCAGCGCGGCUCAGAUGAGUGGCACAGAAUCAAUUAGAAUGGUGUUGGGGAAAAAUCGUAGGAUUAUCUGGAACCAAUAGAGAGAGAGAGAGAGGGACACGGGCGCGAGUGGUGUCAUUCGCGCAUGCGCACAACGGCCUGCGGUCCGCCAUUUAUCUCAAAACUUUCAUCACUGCUCGGCAGUGUCCUCGGUGCGCGGCAGCGGUCGGGUGUGAGUUGUUUGUUGGGCGCGUGUGGAUUGUCGCGCGUUAUGCACACCGAUGCAUCCUCGAGGAGACGCGCGAGUGCACGAUGCGUGAGCGCAUGUCAUGCGUGCGAUGAACGCGAUCACCUGAGGCUCGUUACGCUCGACUUUUAUCGCGCUGGCAUGGUAUGUCGGAGCAAACGUAACAAAUCGAUAGGAAUUAUGGUGUAACUCGAGCACGGUCGUAACAGUUGCAAUUACUCAAGCUACAGUGUGUAGCUCAUAGUGUGAUCUGCACAAUAAUUGAUGGAUAAAGAUGAUUGUCAAGAACAAAUCUUGUCGAAUAUGCACUGCUUAAGUUAAAGUGACUAGGAGCUCUAUCUAAUGCCAAGAUGGCAAUUGGAAAUAUUAUCUGUGGUACAAAUACACCUAAAGUGAAGAAAAAGAAAAUUAAGGCAACUGAGCGCAGUUGGAUAGAAGCAACAUUUCAAAAGAGGGAAUGCUCUAAGUUUAUUCCAAGUGCAGAGGAUGAGCAUAAGUUUGUACAAGUACAGGGAGAUAAGAAUGCAGAAUAUGAUGUGAUCACUACUUCCAGAUGCUGCUGUGGCAACUCAUACACGCAUCAUUGUGGAACUGGGGCGGAUGUUCAAAGUUACACCACUGGCGACACCAGGGAAAAGGACCGAGAACAAUGGUCUCCAGGAAAGAAUACUUGUCCUUAUCCUACUGAUGCUUAUGGUACCAUAGAAUUCCAGGGAGGUCCACAUCCAACAAAAGCACAAUAUGUAAGAUUAGCUCACGAUACACGGCCGGAACCGAUUGUGCAAUUAUUAUGUCGAGAAUGGAAUUUAGGCUUGCCCAAAUUGUUAAUUACCGUUCAUGGCGGUCGGUCAAACUUCGAUCUUCAGCCAAGCUUGAAGAAAGUGUUACGUAAAGGUUUGUUGAAAGCCGCGAAAACAACAGGAGCAUGGAUAUUCACGGGAGGAACGAACACAGGUGUUACAAGACAAGUCGGCGACGCGUUGUUGCUGGAACGUUCUCAACGACAGGGUCGUGUUGUGAGCAUAGGUAUUGCUCCUUGGGGAAUUUUGGACAAAAGCCAUGAGUUAAUUGGUCGCGGUGAAGAAGUGUCGUAUGAUUGCGUUUCUUCACCAUGGACAAAAUAUACAGUAUUAAACAAUCGACACGCUUACUUCUUAUUGGUUGACAAUGGCACUGGCGGUCGGUAUGGUGCGGAAAUUGUUCUUCGUAGAAAAUUAGAAAAAUACAUUUCAAACCUGAAGCUACAACCAUAUACACACAGCAGCAUACCUGUGGUUGCAUUAGUCAUUGAGGGUGGUACAAAUACAAUUCGUGCAGUUUUAGAAUAUGUAACGGACGAUCCACCUGUGCCCGUGGUAGUCUGUGAUGGUUCGGGACGUGCAGCCGAUCUAAUCGCAUUUAUGCACAAAUGGAGGGAUGGACAGACUGGUGACGGGGAAGGACCGCUGGAAGGUGUUAAAGAACAAGUUUUGGAAACCAUUAAACGUACUUUCCAAGUUUCCGCUGAACAGGCGAGUCAACUCUGUUCGGAACUUUUGCAGUGUACACGAAAAAAACAUUUGAUCACUGUAUUCAGGAUAUCGCAGGAUAGACCGCAAGAACUCGAUCAAACCAUACUGACAGCUUUGUUCAAGUCGAAGCAAUUAUCCCCGGCCGAGCAGUUAUCUCUUUCUCUAAUAUGGAACAGAGUAGACAUCGCCCGAAGUGAGAUAUUCGUGUAUGGCCAAAAAUGGCCAUCUGGCGCUUUAGAACAGUCUAUGAUGCAAGCGCUUCAGCAUGACAGGAUAGACUUUGUGAAACUUCUACUGGAAAAUGGCGUAACCAUGCGGAAAUUUUUAUCAAUACCGCGUCUUGAGGAGCUGUAUAACACAAAAGAAGGUCCAUCGAAUACGCUAGGCUACAUCCUGCGCGACGUACGACCAAAUAUCCCACGGGGCUACAUGUACACGUUGCACGACAUCGGUCUCGUGAUCAACAAACUGAUGGGUGGAGCGUAUCGCGCGCAAUACACACGCCGAAGAUUUCGCGUGAUCUACACAAAAGUGAUGAAGAGGUCCGGUGGCGGUCAUCAACAGCACAUGCAUCGGAAUAGCUGCGCUGUGAAUUGUAAUACACGCUAUUACGCAGGUUCUGGAGGGAAGUCCGACAGUUUGACCAUGAGCCUGCUCGCUGAAACUUUACCAGCUAAUCGUGACACUCCCCUUUUCGAUUAUCCCUUCAACGAAUUGCUCAUUUGGGCCGUGUUAACGAAGCGCCAGCAGAUGGCUUUAUUAAUGUGGCAACAUGGAGAAGAAGCAUUAGCUAAGGCACUUGUCGCGCUCAAAUUGUAUAAAGCUAUGGCACACGAAGCGGCAGAGGACGAUCUGGAAACUGAAGUUUAUGACGAAUUACGCGGCUAUGGCAAAGAGUUUGAAAAUAUUGCCCUUGAAUUAUUGGACUAUUGUUAUCGACAAGAUGAUGAUCAAACGCAGCAACUGUUAACUUCGGAACUUCAGAAUUGGUCGGGACAGACAUGUCUGUCCCUUGCAGUUACAGCAAACCAUCGACCAUUACUAGCGCAUCCUUGUAGCCAAAUUAUUCUGGCUGAUUUAUGGAUGGGUGGCCUUCGUACUCGUAAAAAUACUAAUUUAAAGGUAAUUAUGGGGUUACUCUUCCCUAUGUACAUAGCACGAUUGGAGUUUAAAAGCAGAGAAGAAUUGCAACUGAUGCCUCAAACACAAGAGGAACAUUUAAUAGCUCUGGAAGAUGAGAAAGAAGACAGUGAUUCCGAACAUGGUGCACCAGCAGGACCAGAUGUUGAGAAACGUCUGCGCAGGAGCCUGAGCAUACGCAACAAACCCAGCAGCCAACCAGGCGUUAAGGCUUUAAUUAGCAACGAGCACUGUACCGCAAUAGUAAAGGAGACAAUCGUCCAAGAGAAUGGGAAAGUACUAACGGACCACGAUGACGGUAUUCAUCGCGCUUACGGUCUUCGAUCUGAAUACUACGAUAACAAAACAACCAGGCCAUUGAGAUUAAAAAAAAAGUUGUAUGAAUUCUAUACCGCUCCAAUUACGAAGUUUUGGGCGAACGCCAUAGCGUAUAUUGUCUUCUUACUUUUCUUCUCGUACUGCAUCCUCGUGCAAAUGGACGAUCACCCGUCAUUAGCCGAAAUAUACGCAAUCGCAUACAUCUGUACGCUUGGAUGCGAGAAAGUACGCGAGAUCGCAACGUCAGAACCGGCGACGCUCUCGCACAAAUUUAGCGUGUGGGCGUGGAAUAUGUGGAACCCGUGCGAUGCAGCCGCGAUAAUAUUUUUCCAAAUCGGGCUAGCUUUACGUCUGCGACACUUGACUCUAGAUGUAGGUCGCGUCAUAUACUGUGUUGAUUGCAUCUACUGGUAUUUACGAAUACUCAACAUCCUUGGUGUCAACAAAUAUUUUGGUCCUCUGGUGACCAUGAUGGGGAAAAUGGUAAAGAACAUGAUAUAUUUCGUUGUGCUCUUGCUGGUCGUACUCAUGGGUUUCGGUGUGGCGAGGCAAGCUAUAUUAAAUCCCAAUUCGGAGGCAAAGUGGCGUAUAAUACGAGAUAUAUUUAUGCAGCCGUACUUUAUGCUGUAUGGAGAAGUGUAUGCGGAUAGUAUAGAUCCGGAUUGCGGGAACGAGCCGGGAAUGGUUCCGUGCCUUUCAGGUCGUUGGAUCGUGCCUGCUGCAAUGUCCGUGUAUCUUUUAAUUGCCAAUAUUUUGCUCAUAAAUAUGUUAAUUGCGGUAUUUAACAAUAUUUUCAAUGAGAUGAAUGCUAUAGCUCAUCAAGUCUGGAUGUUCCAACGCUUUACCGUCGUUAUGGAAUAUGAACAGAAACCGGUAUUGCCACCACCACUUAUAGUGGUUUGCCACGUAUAUUUACUGCUGAGAUAUUUUCUGAGGCACAUUACGCAAAGUAAAGGCGGCACGGGCGAGACCUGCGACAACGGGUUGAAAUUGUUCCUGGAGCCCGACGAUAUAGAACGUUUGUAUGACUUUGAAGAGGACUGCGUCGAGGGCUACUUCCGCGAGCAAGAGCUCAAGUUGCAGAUGUCCACGGAGGAGCGCGUGAAGGUCACGACUGAUCGAGUGGAAAAUAUGCAUCAGAAGAUCGAGGAUAUUGACAAGAAAGAGAGUACUCAGAACGCGUCCCUUCAGGCAGUCGAAUUCCGCAUCCGCAAGUUGGAGGAACUGAGUCAACAGACUCUGGCGCACCUCGGAGUGAUACAUCGUUUCAUGGCGACGUAUAUGCCGAACGAAGGACUGUCCGGUUUGGAGCUGGACGUUCGACAACGUCGGGUGUCCGAGCGAUCGGAAGCUUUCUCCGAGGCGGACUCGCACACGCAAUUGCCGACGGCGAUGCGACGUAAGAGACUGUUGCGUUCCUUCACCGACGCCACCUUCCUGAACGUCGGUCAACCGUCUGUGGAGGAUGACUGCUUGAAGAUGUCCGAAACCGUGACUUCGCGCGAGAAUCUCAGUAGAAACUCUUCCGUGAGUGUGGACGCUCAUGCCGGCCAGGACGACAUCAAGACGAUGACAAGCGUGGAAACGGAGGGCAGUAAAGACGUACUCGAAGCAGGCGAAGUAACGGCGAAGAAGGAGGUGUUGCACGAGAGAGAAAUGAGUCGCGAGAUCAGCAGGGAGCCGAGCAAAGAGAUGAGCCGGGAAGUCAGCAUAGAGACUAGCAAGGAAAUCAGCAGGGAACCGAGCAGAGAAGUCAGCAGGGAGACCAGCCGGGAGGCCAGCAAAGAGGCCAGCAGCGAGAAUCCACCGUCGGACACCAGGCAAGAUUCCAUAGAACGUCCUACGUUCAGGCAGAGCAGCAGAACCAAGUCAGAGUCGGACGACAUUAUGCUGCUACCGCCACCCAGCAUCCAAAGAGCUGUGACCUGGGCGGAACCCCGCGUCGCCGUGAUCCCGUCGUCCGUUACAUCCGCCGGCAGCGCUCAAAGAUCAAUCUUGCUGACGAUGCGCGCCGAAUACACCAGCAUAACGGACGAACUCGAGAGUUACUGCGGCCUGCUGAGUCCGCCGCGAACACCACCGGUCUCGCCGCCGCCGUCGCGAGUCCGCAACAUAUCGGACAUCUCGAAUCCCGAGAUGGCGUGGCAAAUCGAGAACGAGCACCUGCGCGACGCUGAGGAAUGCGACUAUCAGCAAAUGGAGGAUCUGAUUCAGCGGCGGUAUCGGGAGGACGACGAUGACGGCGGCGACGGCGACGACGACGACGAGCAGCCACCAAGCGCGCCGGACGAGGCGGCCGUCGCGUGCUUCUUCAGCGUGUCCAACGACCAUCGUCAGCUGCGUCGUACCUCCGCGAUCGAUGAGGACUCGCGUAGACCGCCGCCGACCAUCAGCGUCACCAGGGAGAUCGAGCAGACGUUGUCGCGACCACCGAUACGCGAGUCGGAGACCGCCGAUCCGAAUGACAAGAAUCUGAGCACCGUACCUGCCCCCGCUUCGGAAACCAUGUGUUGAACGAAGCGAGAUAUGUUGUCUCUUUCGAGAAUUUCGAGAAGUAUGCAUGAUUCGUUAUGUGAUCUCUAAGGGCUUUUUACAAUCGAUAAUUAUCUGUUAUCGGCUUAGUGAUUGUAUUCACGCUGUCGGAUAUAAUGCUGUCGACAUAACCCGGGUAUUUCGUUAAUCGUUAUUAUUAAAAUUAUUGUUAAUCGUUAUUGUUCAAAAGUCAAUAAUGGAAAUGUCAAAUUAUUUUAUUAUUCAUUAAAUUAACUUUAGCCGCAAGUUACUCAUGCACGGACGCAAAAUUAAAGUUGCCUUUUCUCGGUCCGGCUAGGCGUGAAGCCCUCCAGUCAAUAUAUUGAUAUAAUAUAAAGCAAUCUAUGUAUUACGAUAAUUAUAUUAUUAUUUGUAUUAAAACAAUGUAGAGAAUACCUUUAAUUUUGUAAGUAAUACGAAGCAGUAACGUGUUCAUUCAUUCUUUGUUAUCAUGAGAAAAAUUAGUUAAUAUCUGAAAUUAACUAUAUACCCUCGAGUAUCCGGAUAAUAUCCGAGAAGCUCGAAUAGUCAAGAUUGACAGCAUUUGUCGGACGGCGUGUUCUUGGUUUUCGAUGAAUAGGUUGUAUCAUUAUCGGUGAUGCGCAUUGCGUUUUGAACACUCGACGAUUAUCAGUGAUUAAACUUAAUUUCUGACGACCAUCUACCUGAUGGCAUGCCAAACUACGUCAUCCAUAUAACGUAGUUGUGCAUCGACACACGUAUUAGACGGUCGCGAGACAUCUUCCACGAUUCUCGACUCAGAGGAAUCUAUCUCGAGCUGGAACGCUCCUAAGUAUGCGAAAUCACUUCGCAUACACGCAUGGCCUAAGUAGUAUAUUUUUUAGUGAACUAAUUGUAUUGUACAUUUUACGUGUAAUAAUCGUGUGUGAUUUUUAUCGAUUUUUAUAUUAUAUUAUUGCGUCGGUGCUUCUGAUCUUCUAUAGUGAACGAACGACGAUUAUCUCGUUACAACGUUACAAUUGUCUCAUUGGUCUUUUAAUAUAUUACAUGCACACGCGCGGAGAACGUCGGAUUUGAAAUUCCUUUUGUGUCUCGAGCUGUUUACCGUAUCUCUGUCCCAGAAUUUUAUCCGAUGCAUCGAAUCACAUGAAAGUACGGUGUAUUGUGUUCCGCGAGGAAAGUUACGUUGUCUCUACUUAUGUCCACCGCGUCUGAUGCAUUCUGUGCACACUCGAAGUCCUUCCAUUUGGUAGAUUGACGUAACUUGGCGAUUUUAUAUGUGCGCACCUUUAUUUUAACAGUUGUGUGUGUAUAUAUAUAUAUAUAUAUAAUAUAUAAUAUAUAUAUAUAUAUAUAUAUAUAUAUAUAUAUAUAUAAUAUAUAUAUAUAUAUAUAUAUAUAUAUAUAUAUAUAUAUAUAUAUGCACACACAUAUACAUACAUACAUACAUUGUUUAGAAUGGGAUAUCAAAAGUUCUCAUAUAUAGAAUAUCUACUGUAUUAACUUAUACACAAUGAUACUUAAUGAAUUAGUCAGCGAACGAGUCGCAUCCUACGAUACGUUUGUGCAUGGUUCAAGUGUGACGAAUCCGACUUAAUUUGUGAAAACUCGAGGCGGGAAACCCGGGUUGAAGGUGCAGGCUCUCAUCCUAAUCGAUUUCUAGGUGUAAAUACGUUGCCGCGAGCCGCAGUAAAGAGAUUGCGUCUCAGGCGCGGCUUUAUUGUCCUUACUGCCGGAUACUUCGAUCGACUUUUUUGAGGUGUAUUUAGGGCCUUACAACGCACUUUCAGCUGCGUCGGACUUUCACGGACCAUUUAUAAGAGCGAACCAUAUCACGCAGACACGUUCUAACGAACUAAAGCCAAUCUGCGUUAGUACAAUUGCAACUAUUUAAAACGAAACUUUGAUACCUGUACCUAAAAUGCCUAAAUGUAUAGAGAUAUAUUGUGUGUAGUUGUUAUAAAUCGGAGAAGAUUGAGAGAGAAAGAAAGAGGGAGAGACGGCGAAUUCAAGCGUGUUCAACAAAGGUUCACAGUAUAACUGUAAACUGAUGUAGCAGUCGGUCGCCAACUUGUUUCGAGUGCUAACAACUUUCUAUAUUUUUGUCUAGAUUAAUUAUUCUUGUAUAAUGUGCGCUAGCUGAUAAAUGCCAGCGACUUUCUAUAUAUUUUUGUCUGUCUAGAUUAAUUAUUCUUGUAUAAUGUUGUACCGUAUCAUUGGAUAUUAUUACAGCCACUUUUAUUCGGUCAAACCGUUAUUUAUACGAUACCGUCAAUGGAGAUGACAGUUUGACGCGUUGUACGUUCUCUCUGAAUACAAUUCCGACACGAUCCGAAUAUAUCGCGGUAUCGUCUCGCAUGCACUUACGAUACCACACGUUUUUUCUAAAAAAAUCACUCUAACUCUACUUCAACCCCUCUCCGAAUUGUCCGAGUGAAAAUAAUACGUGAAUAUCUCUCGCGUGAUAUCAGCUUUGACGUGAAACGAUCGAAGACUAAAUAGUUUUUCAAAAGUACGUAUUAUUAUAUCGAUCUAUAUUCCUCCAUUCUCGACGAAGAGGCUACGCCUUCGUAAUGAGGCUUUAUCGAUUUCAUUAUUAAUGUCGAUGUAAAAUCAAAAGCAAUAUUAUACAUUUGUAAGACGCACGAUCGAUGAGAUUAUCGUAUAUCGUGAACAAUAUUUAAUUGCACAAUAAUUACUCAUUGGAACACUUAAACGAGACAAUAUUAGUGUUGAUAUGGCGUCGUAAUUAUGCUUUCAUUGAUUCCUACGUACAGGAACACUCAUAAUAUUCAUUUGUACAUACAAUUGUCGGAUUGUGUGUGUCUGCCAACGAAUGGAGUAAUAUUGCUUGAAUGCAUUUCUAUUAUUCGUAUUAUAUACUAUAGGGACGCGUAAUUUUAAUGUGUUUACUAAAUAUAUAUUACGUAAUGAUAUGUGCAGCAUACACAUACACACAUGGUGAAUCAUUUGCUCAAUUUUAUUUUCAUAUAUAUACGCAAUAUAGAUAAAUAUCUUACGAUAUCAAGAGAGGAGGAAAAAGGAGAGACAGCACACAUUUUCUCGAUAUGAAUUUGUAUAUAUACACACACGCGCAAUAUACGCAGCGAUUAAUACAAACUUUCGAACAGACACACACACAUGGAAUAUUCAAUAAUAAUAAUAAUAUUAAUAUUAAUUGCAGCGAUAAUAAUAGCAUAUAAUAGUAAUUAUACUUAUGCUCUUAUUGCGUAUUUAUGCCGCGAUUGUACUUUGAAUAUUUAUAUUUCUUAUGCACAUACGAAUGUACAUACUUACAUUUGUACUUUACUGCAUAGAUCUUUGUGUAUUUAUCUCUCCGUUUCUCGAUGUAGAGAGUCAAUUAACGCUCUUCCUUUCGUCGUACGUUAUAAUACGCAAACGCUAGUCAUAGUGAACGGUCAUCGAAUCACUGGCUGAUUCCGUGAAUGUGUUAGAGCGGAUAAAUCAUAUCACACAAUCGUUGACACGACACUCCGAGAAUCAAUUCCGAGAUACGACUUAACUUUUAACGACAGGCGAGUACAGCGCGAGCGAAACACAAGCGUUACUUAACUCGUUCUCGAAUCUAGAGCUAAGCUAAGUAUCGUUCCGUUGUCAGAAUCCUUAUCCGUCUAGGCAUUGGCAAUCAUUCCGCGACGCUUCCCGUUUUUAGGAAGCCGCGCGCACGUAAAGAUCUGCUAUGAACGCUGUCGACCGUAACAAGCAAUUGUACCUCGACGGUACCGAUGUAGCUCAUAGUCGUACGUGUAAAUUAACUAGUGUCAUUAACGCACGAACGAAGCGCACAGAAGUUGUCAAUAAGAGCUUGACGGACGGUCUUGCGGCUGCAUAAAUUUAUUGUUGUGCAAAUUUAUUAACGUCGUAAAACUGAUUUGUUCGACGCGUUAUAAUAAAAAAAAUGUCAAGCUCUUCCUGAUCAUUUCUGUGCGUUUCCAGAUAGCACAAAAUCUUCAGAGAAUGUUCUGGAAUGUUCUUAGAACGUCUUUAGAACAUCCUUUGAAGAUUUGUGCUGCAUGGGUUCCGUUCGUUUGUUAUUCUUAGAGCAAAUAAUCUUGUAGGAUUUUCUAGUGUCAUUAAUUGGUGUUUUUUGCCGCGUUGCUCCUACGUUACGCACGCACGCAUGCACGCUCGCACGCACCUACCUUCGCUUCUACUAUCGCGUAUCAACGUUGCUGAGGAUUAAUAUUUCACGAGCCGCGCGAUUAUCUUGUGUUAUCGUUAAGUCGCGUUAUAUCGCCGUAUUCGAGUGAGAAAACGAAAAAUCAAAACGAACCGACAUCCCCGGCGCUCACAGCGAGACAGAAUGUAGCGUGUACGUUAGAUCGUUUAACUGUCAUUCGGCAGUGCAGUACAAUACAUUGCGCUUCGUUAUCGCGAGCAGAUUACGGUAGCACAUAUAUUAUUAGCGCGGCUAAUAUAUAAGUCUAAUCGAUGACGAACCGGGCGAACCCGUUGAUUGUAUGUACUUCGGAGUACGUAAUUGUCCACAACCGUGCAGUUAAUGAUCGUGAAAUACGUGCCUUCUCGUCGUACUAUCUGUUUUUUACAAUAUACAAAACGCAUGCAUUUUCAAUUUUUAUUAUAACAAUCGAAUUCUAGGGAGAGGUGCCGACUCCGCGCGACGCGCGACUCCCGGAGCGCAAAUUCGCGAUCAACACAGGAGUCUAAUACAAUUGUAAUCGUACAUAUAAUUCUCGUAGUCUCUUUUUUCCGACGUCAUGUAAGCUAACAGUUGCACACGUGUUUUCUUCCUUGUAGCUUGCUUGUAACUCGACAAACUCGACUCGUAUAUAUUACAUCAGGAGGCUCAAGUCUCUUCAGACUAAAAAACAAUUUCUUUGCAGUCGCUAUCGUCACGUAUCGAAUAUAACAGCGAGGAGGAAAUGUGAUUAUUAUAAAGAUGAAACACAAAAAGCAAAACCAUAAUUGGUUGCAUCUUAUGCGACGUUGUACUGCGAAUCAAACUGGAUUUAUCCAACAAAAAAAGGAAAUAUAUAUAUGUAUAUACACA